GGAGCGCAGGGAGGGGGCGGGCAGGGCCGAGGGAGGCUAGUGACACGUGUCAAUCAACCCCCCCGCGGGGGGCGCGCGCUCCGGGGCUCGCGCCGAGGGCUCGCGCCCCUGCCUCGUGCCUGCGCCGCUCGUAUGUAAAUGAGGGCGCGUGACGCGGGACGCAGAUGGACAAGGGGAGAGAGAGAAUGGCCGCUGCCGCCGCUGCUGCCGCCGCCGCCGCUCAGUGCCGGAGCCCGCGGUGCGCGGCGGAGAGGAGAGGCUUCCGGCGGGAGCUCGACUCGUGGCGCCACCGCCUCAUGCACUGUGUAGGUUUUGAGAGUAUUUUAGAAGGGCUUUAUGGACCACGGCUACGAAGAGACCUCAGUUUAUUUGAAGACUGUGAACCAGAAGAGCUGACUGACUGGUCUAUGGAUGAAAAAUGUUCAUUUUGUAACCUACAGAGAGAAGCAGUCAGUGAUUGUAUACCAUCUCUUGAUUCUUCACAGUCAACACCAACGGAGGAACUAUCAUCUCAGGGCCAGUCCAACACUGAAAAGAUUGAAUGCCAAGCAGAAAAUUACCUAAAUGCACUCUUUCGAAAGAAAGAUCUUCCUCAGAACUGUGAUCCUAACAUUCCCUUAGUUGCUCAGGAAUUAAUGAAAAAGAUGAUACGUCAGUUUGCAAUUGAGUAUAUUUCAAAAAGUGGUAAAAUUCAAGAAAAUAGAAAUGGUUCAAUUGGACCAAGUUUAAUAUGUAAAAGUAUCCAAAUGAAUCAAGCAGAAAACUCGCUUCAGGAAGAGCAGGAAGGCCCCUUAGACCUCACUGUGAAUCGAAUGCAAGAACAAAAUACUCAGCAAGGGGAUGGAGUGUUAGAUCUCUCUACAAAGAAAACCAGCAUAAAAUCUGAAGAGUCAUCCAUAUGUGAUCCUUCUUCUGAAAAUUCAAUGGCUGGUUCAACUGUUGAUGCAAAAUCAGAGGAAGCUACUAAAAUGGAAAAAGGAAAAUCAGCAUUAAGCAAAGUUUUGGAAUCUUUGUGCACACAUCACCAGCAACAAGUUUUGGCCAUGUUGAAAUUUCUAGUCCAAGAGCAGAAUGCUGCUUCUCUUUGCUAUUGUAAUACAUCAUAUACUGUGUCUUCAGAAUCUCAAAAGCCCCUAACUGAAGAUAAUUUACAUGGCCUAUUCUGUAGUUGUGAAUAUAGGCUGGCAGAAAGAGGGGGUCUACAAAGUGAAAGGCAAAGCCCUGGUUUUGUGCCUCUGCCAGUCUGUAUUAAAGAUUUACGUUGUUUAACUUGCCAAACUGUAACUAUUGAGCACAUUAAGACAGUGGUGAAUAGAGGAAUUGCCAACAGUUAUAGUUCUCACAGGUGCUGUUCUGGACCGUUAGCAAACCUUCACUCUACAAAAUCGACCUUUCAAGCUCCUCUUUCAUCAAGGGAAGUAUGCGAUGUUUCAGUCCGACUCGAGGGUGUUUGUAGAUCACGAAGUCCGUCACCCCCACCAUUAUCACCUGUACAGACUGAAGGAUUUGAAAAACUGAAAGAUGUCGUCUCGGAGCUUUCAGCCUUAGAAAAUAACAGACUUGAAAUAAACAUUAACCAGCCUCCAUCUCUCAUACCAGCAGAAAUAAACAGUGACAAGGGUGAUCACGAAGGUAAAAUACAAAAAGCUAAGAAAUGCGGUAACUCUGAUUAUUUGCUCCUGGAAGACAGCGAUAAUUGUACUACGAAUCAUGAAAAAGGUGAAACUACUAUAAUUUUUCAAGAUUUAAUGGAUCGUAUUAAUGAAAAAUUAAAAUCAAUAGAAACUACAGAUAUGACAAACCUUACAAAAUUAUCUAGCAGUGAUUGUACUACAGAUAAUGAUUUAAAAUUGAGAGAUUUAAUAGCCUCACUCUUGCAUAACGCUAAGGCCAGUGAUUACAGUUUUAUGGAAUUGCUGAGCCAACAUGAUAAAAAGGUAGAAAAUAAAAUUAUUCAGACAAGAUUUCGAAAGCGUCAAGAAACCUUAUUUUCAAUGCACAACUCUCCUGAUUCACCCAUGUUUAGAAGGCACUCUUUACAAAUAAAAAGAGAACUUGCUAGUCUUGAUGAAAAUUUUGUAAGAAAAAAAUAUACUGAAAAAAAUUCAAGGAAGUUGACACGCAAUGAUGAGAUAUUUUCAACAGACAAACAAUUCUAUCAUUGCCAAGGGUCUUUACAAAAUUCUAAAAGCUUGCAAGAUAAUAAUCAUGUAGAAACAUCAUUUUCACCAGAUUGUGCAUUACAAUCAUUGCAACUACCUCUUCAUAGUUUAGAGACUAACUUGGCUUUUGAUGCAUUUUCAGAAAGCUUUAAAACAACUUCCCCUGGGAAAAUGAGCAUAAGAAAAUCACAGGAGAAAUCUGCAGCUGGAAAAAAACUUUUGCAAAAUCACAAGGAGAAUCCAAAACUGGAGAAUACUGAAACGCCUCUGAAGAGUGAUGUUCCUGGACUUCUGAGCAGAACUAAGCGAAAUAUUGUGCCCCCAGGGUGGUACUCUAUAUAUGUCACAAAUAAUUAUGUUUUCAAAAAGUCCCCUAAGGCCAAAAAAGUUUCUGAAUCUACAAAAAGAAAAGAUCCAGUAAAAAAUAUUCAAAUUGAAAGCUCACACAAUAUAGAUCUAAACAAAAUUGCAAUGAAUUCUAACUUACAAGUUGUUGUGGAGCGUUUGGAAGACACGAUAAAUAUGGCCAAAAAGUCUUGGAAUAACCACUCAUCUGAAGGAUGCAGGGCAUCCAAGAAAUUGAUAGAAAUUGAUGGUAAAGAUCAAAAUGCAGGUAGAAAUAUGACCCUUACUGUAAGCAGAAUGACCUGCAAAGAGCAGAGUUUAUCAAAAUCUGUGGUAGCGGCCGGCAAUAUCAAAAACAGUCAUAUGCCUACAAUAGAUUGGAAUAGCAAAAAACGUGUUAAUCUGGAAAAGUCAUCAAUUUUAGAUACAAGUAGCUUGAUUUCCAGUGUUACAAGUGUGCCAACAAAGUAUGAGGGCUUUGGAAGCUCUUCUUUUUCCAGCUAUUCUAGUCCCAUCAAACUCAUGUUUCUAUCUGAGGUUAAAAGCAGUGAAGGAGUCAAAUAUACUUUAACUUCAGUUGGUACUUCCAAGUCAAAUACUGAUCUUCCUUCUGAAAAAUGUCCGACUCCUCACGUAACUGAAAAAAAACCAGAAACAAAUGAGGACGUCCCAAACGCUAACUUGGAAAAUCAUAGUUCUAAUCUUAAUGACAGUGACACUCUUCAGGGAGGACUAAAUAAGUUGAAUUGUGCAAGUGAAACUACAGAAUCGUCUGCAAUGUUUAUAGAUGAUAUUAAUAGUGAUAAGCCACAGGACGAACCGAAGGAAAAUCCAAGCAGUGGUAUUGAUUCAUCUUUCAAACGAAAGCCAGGCAGACCUAAAAAAAUAGGUCCCCAGGUUGUGAAGCAAACUAAGCGGCCAAUUGGAAGACCCCCGAAACCUAAGGCUGAGCAAACAGAUGUCGCCGUUUGCCAGAAUGAGUCCUCUAGUGCUGGAAAGAAAAGUCCCGAAUCUCUCCUAUCAGAAGUAAAAGAAGGUAUUUAUAAAAAGAGUAUUACCGUAACUGUUAUUUAUGGAAGGUCAAGAAGAGCUAAAAGACAUGUUUCUGAAGGAGCUGGAGACAUAAGCAACGUUAGGUCUGGCAGCAGUAAGGUUGCGGAUUUUCCAGCUGAGUGUGGUGGCCUCCGAAAUACUAGAGAACACAAGACUGACCCAGGUGAAAGAAGAAGUGCUGCUUCAAGUCCGACUACUGAAGGCGAGAUCUUGGGGUCUGGCUUUGAACACGUUAGGCCCAUCAAGAACAAGUCUGUGAUACCUCAACCUUCCAAGAACGUUGCUCGGCCGAAUCAGAAGCCUUUUGCAGUAACUAGGAAGCCUGGUCGGCCCGCGAAGGUGAAGAUCUCUGGCAUAUCUGUGACUAUUCAUAAGAGUUUCACCUCAGGAGAGAGAAGUAAGCAUUAGCAGCUGCUUGCCUCCUUUAGAACAAGAAAAUAUGUUAGAAAAACACGUAGCUGAAGAGAAGCGUGAACACCGGUGCGGUAAGGUGGGUGCAAGGCACGCUGGCGCUGGCGUAUUUGAGAAUGGACCAAAAAGUAUGGUUGCCACGAUACCUUUGAGACAUUCUGUUAGGGAUAGAAAACCAUCUCUCCAUUUCUUACAUCCAUUCGCAUCUUCCAGCUCACUUAUUUAUAGAAACGCUCUGCUCCGUAAGUCAUAUAAACUCCGUUUGCAGAAAGGUAAAAGUCAGAAGGAAAAACAUAGGCAGUCAAGGAUGAAAAUAGCUUCGAAAGGUGCCCCGGGAACUAGGAACUCGAGGAAUGCAAAAAUGCGUUUGGAAGAUAACAAAUUAAUUCCCAUUUCUGAAGUAUCUUUGGACCCUAUAAUCUCAUCAAACCCCUUGCUCAGGUGGUGGGCUGCUUCUACUUCAAACGAUUCCUUAUUAGAAGAAUUAAACAAUAGAUUUGAGCAAAUAACAAAUGCUUGGGUGCAAGUGAGUGGAGAUGAAGCCGAAAACUGUGUUCAUAAAAAAAGAGAACACGUUGAAAAUGAUAAUUUCAAAAUAGCCAACCCUUUGGAAACCUGUCUUUUAGAACUUGAAGUUUCACCUGUAAAAAUGCUUUUUCGGAAAAAGUAUGAUUUGAACGAACUCUGUAUCUGGUUUAUGCAAACAACAGAAACACAGUCUCUUUCACUAGUUAGAAAGGCAAAUGCUCGAAACCCUUUGGAAGUAAUAAAUACCAGAGGAAUUAAACUAGGAACCAAAUAUUCUAAUUUUAAUACCAGCCCCUUCAGAAAGCACUUUAAAAAAUUUGCACUAUCUUCUCCUUCAAAAUCAGCAGGGAAGUUGCAUAUACUGCAUAAAAUGGUUAGCUCUCCACUGUUAAAUGUGAAAAGUAAUUUAACAUUAGCUAGAUUAAAAAGAACUGAGUUUAAGAGGUUACAACAUGAAAGGUGGAAAAGAAAGGGGAAGUUGCACAACCAUGGAACAGUUGAUUGGAUCUCUAAAAGGAGGAACUUGAGAUUUUUCUGCCAGAACCAAUUUUUAAAUAAGACUGAGGGGGGAACAAAUGCUGACACCCCACUCCAAGGAAAAAACACCGUAGAAAAUCAGUUUAUUUUGCCACCUGAGAUCAGGGAUGACUCUUUGCAGCAGAAGGUGGCAAUGUCUGACUUGAAAACACAUGCUAGUCUAGAGAAUAAUUUUAAGUCAGAGGCAAAGGAGAAUGGAACAAAUUGCAGCCAAAAAGAUUUUGAAAAGGGACCAAGACUAGGAAAUGUAUGUCCAAAUAAUUGGAAGUCAAAAACCCUAAAAGAUUGUAGAAUAUUUUUGAGGAAGAUCAACUAUCUUGAACACAGAAAUACUUUUAAGCUAAAUACAAUCAUUUACUCUCCCGAAUCUGUUGACAGUGGAAGUAAUCAUCAGACUCGCAUAGAAGAAGCAAAGCGCUUUACCCUAAGAUCCCAUUCUGCUAGGCAAAACUCUUUUAAAAAGCAAUCUAAAGAAAUGGAAAAUGCUAAAACAAAUAGUCCUUCAACCGAUAAAUUUCCUGGCCAACUUGACAAUAGUAAAUUAAAUAAAUGUGUUAACUAUGACAAGAAUCCUGAUAGUUCUGACGUUCUUAGCAAAUUGAACAAAAGAAAAAGACCACCUUGGAAGACCACAGAAAUGUCAACAAAAAGACAUAAACGACAGUCUUGCAACAGUGGACAAAUGGCAAACUAUUAUUAAAAAUCCCAACUAGGUAAGUUUUUCUCUGCUUAAUUUUAAAGUUUCAUUGUAGGUGCCUUGAGUAAAGUAUGAGAUCAUGGGGAGAAGAGGAACAGCUGAUUUAGUUUCAGUUUAUUUCCAAAAUACUUGGACAACCUAAUUUCUUGGCACCUAGUAUGAAACUCCUGAAAUUAGGUUCUGCUCAGUGUAGCAGUGCGCGUCCCUACACCUUAAUGUAUCCAGGAUUUUAAGCAAAUUAAAAUACAUUUAGUAGAGACAUAGAAGGCUUCUAAACAUAGAUCCUUAGUGUACAAGUUAUAUUAUCUGCGUUUGCAUUUUAUCUAAUAAAAGAUAUAGAAAAUAGUUUGGUAAAUACGCCCAAGGAGCUAUCUAAGAAUCCACUGCUGCGCUACAGGAUAAUGCAUUUUCCUUGUCUUGAUAAAUUAAUAGCUCUGAGACCACGUGGGCAGAAGUAAAGACUGUCUCGUUGCUAAAUUGCUGGGGUCCGUUCACACACGUAAUAAUUGCGGCCUUACCGCCUCCCGAGCACCGUCGAAUUGCUGCGACCCCUGCUGCUUCGGGAACCACGUUAAGACUCUGCUCUUUACAGAGCGUCCAGGAACAAGAUAUUUUCUUCAAUAAAUAAGCAAACUUGUUGAAUAGGCUUUUUCAGGGGAGACUUGAACUAGAUUGCACAGAUACAAAGAGGAGGCUCUUUCCAGGGACCAUCUGUACAGCCGAGCGAGGGGCCAAGUCACGCACAGGUCAGUGGCAGGUAGCGCUAAAUUUAGGAUGCGAACUGGAAUUGGCAACGGUGCGCUGACUGGGUUGUGCAGGCCUGACAGCCACCCCGGGGAGACCCUUAGCCUGAGAACUAGCAAGACAGGGUGUGAACGCGCUGUUGCCGCCGAAGCCAGCUCCGCCUCUGCUUGUUGGAAGCGUAGACAGUUGAGGACGUGUGACAAGUGCCGGGUGUUUGUCUCAUUACUUCCCAGACACGAAAGAGUGCCAGGUUACAUUUGUGAAUUUAAGGGUAUUGUAUCGUGUGGUUGCGUUGUUGCAUUGUGUAUUUUAGGGGCUUAUACCGGUCCUGAUGGAUUUAUUUGUGUUACCUUUUGUAAAACUUCUUUAAAAGCUAAAAAACGAUUAAAUCCUCUAUUAAAAUAUUAAAAGUAAUAAUUAAACUCAAGUUUGAAUAGGUUAGAUGAUUACAAUGGCCCCCAAAAUUCAGUUAAUUGACUUUAAAAAUACCUAUUUAAGUAAUAUUUAACAUGCAUUCAUUAAAAACUUUAACUUCGUAACAUGUGAUGAUUAAAGCUUUAACGUUGAUCAAAUUAGAGUCUCCAUUAUGAAAGAUGAAUCAAAUCUAAAAGUAAUGUCCUUUGUUUCUUGUCCUCAGGAUAACUAAAAAUAGCGUAACAGAUAUGUCAGGAAAAAAGAGUGAUGAAGCCUGAUUUUUUAAAAAAUGUAUAAUUCACGUAAAAAUAUACACACAUAUUUUUAAAAGACUGUCAUGAAUGGAGUAUAAAGUGCAGCGUUUCAUUUUUAAUUCUUUAUGCCAUUCUCAUUUCGUGCUGUUAGUUUACCAAACGUAGUUUGCAUUAACUCACUUUACAACAGAACCGUUGUUUGUUCUUCUAGCUUCUUAGCCAUUGUAUCUUCCUCAGGUAUAAAUAUAAAUUUAUUUUAGUAUGAUUCUCUUAUCUCGCUAGAUAUCCUGGAAAAAUAAAAUGGAAGAUGCCUUAGUAUUAUUUUUUCAAGUUAAUCUCAAAAUCCUUUUGUGGUAUUUUUUAAAGAUCUAGUAUCAUAGUAAGAGUUGUUUUUCACCUUUUCUCAUUUUUAAAAUUACUAGUACUAUUUCCUGUUCUGCUUGAAGUUUUAUUUACCUUUUACUGAUAACUUUCCUUCUUUAUUUAACAUUCUUUUUUUUUUAAUCAAGGACAUUAUUUUUUACAAAUUUGUAUUUAUAACAGUAUUUGUUAUAUUUAUCUGAUUUUAAAAUGUUUCUUAAAGUGUUAUUUUUUCUCAUUAUUCCUGGUAUUCCAUACUUCUUAAUGCCUCUUUGGAAAUGACCGUAAAAUUCAUUAUUAGUUUUAUAUGUGUUUUUCUUCAUCAUAGUAUAAUUAGUGACUGGAGAUUUGAGAGAUUUUUAACAAGGACUUUUAUAGAAGAAUUCAUAGGGCAAUGUAUAUAGUGAAUCAUGGAAUAUUUCUCUUGCUGAAAAGUCUUGCUUCUACCAUAAACGUCUCAUUUUUGUACAUUUCAAGAUUAACUGUCCAGGUAUAGUUUAAUCCAUGGGAGUCUUAAAACUUACUCUUCGCUACAUGUGUACUGCUGUAUAUCAAAUGUGGACAUGAAAGGAAAGAUGAAAUGCAAUUCUAUUCCGAAUAUCCUCUUAAUGCCUACAGCAUGCUCCUAGACACUGUAGAAAGUUGAGAAAGUUCCCUUUCCAGCUUAAGAAAACAAGGCCUGUAUCCCGUAUUUAUUCAAUAAAUAGAGUAUAUUUUA